GGAAUGGUGAGAUUAUCGGCCGUCGCGAUAAGUAGUGCUCGUGCGCCGAUUCUGCAGUGUAUACGCGUAGGAACACCGUAAGCCCGCACCACAUUAUAAUUAUUUAUUUCUGUUGAUGCGAGUUAGUCUCCGAAACAAUGGUGUUGUGCCCGCCAUUUCGAAGGAAGAAAGGCGGUUUUAAUCUUGGCAAUGUGCCACCAAAGCAACCUUCGACGCCCCGAACAAUUACACCACCGGCAAAUUUUCAUAAAGAUGUUAAUCAAAAUGGUCGCUCCCAAACAUCGUCAAUCAGCCUAUCUACACUUGAACCUGGACCUUCGUGUGUCCAGGUUACGAAAAAGCUAAGUGACAUGAGUGCGCAAAGCGUAGACUCUGAGGCCUUACAGAGCAUAGAUUCAGAUAAUGACACAAAUUUGAAAUCUGCUCGAAAUAGUGAUGCCGAUGACACAAAUUUGAAACCUACGCGAGAUAGUGAUGCCAGUCAACUCUCCGAAGCACCGCGACGUAAACGAGGUAUUCUAGAACCACUCGCUCCGUUCGAGAGUGCGCGAUCAGCCGAAACCGAACUACCAAAAUAUGAAAAAGAUGAACAGUCAAUUGAACAGAUAAAGAAAGCAAUCAUGGCUAACGAUUUCGUAAAAAAUAUGAUGGACGAGGAAAGACUUAGAGUUGUGGUAGAUGCCAUGAGUCCCAAGAAUUAUGCGGUGGGUAGUCUCAUUAUUCGGGAAGGCGAAAGUGGAAGCCAUUUAUUUAUCUCAGCUUACGGAGAGUUUGAAGUUCUCAAAGGGGGUCAAGUUGUCAAAAAGUUCGGCGCAGGCGUAGUAUUUGGAGAACUCGCUAUUUUGUACAAAGCCAAACGAUUUGCGUCCAUAACAUGUACAACAGAGGCAAAGGUAUGGAUGUUGGAGAGACGAGUGUUUCAAAAGAUCAUGGUGACCAGCGGUCGCCAGGAACAUGAGGACAACAUGCGCUUCUUGUCUUCGGUGCCUCUUUUAAAAGGCAUCGAUCCUGUAAUACUAGCCCAACUUUCAGAAUUUUUGAAAAGGGAAUUUUUCUCAGCCGGCACACCGGUUGUCCGCCAAGGCGAUCGCGGAGACAAGUUUUACAUCAUCCGGGGCGGCAAAGUAAUGGUUACAAAGCGUGAUGGCAACGAAGCUGAGCAAUACGUGGGUACACUCGGCCGCGGGGAGUUCUUUGGCGAGCAGGCGCUGUUGCAUGAAGACCGCCGCCUUGCCACCGUCACAGCUCAGCCACCUGGCGUAGAGUGCUUGACAUUGGACCGCGUGCCUUUCACAAAACUACUUGGCAAUUUAGAGGAGUUGAAAAAACGAUAUACUAGAUCUCGACCAUCCCAAGAGCCACGAGUAUUUAAAAGCGAAUACGAGUUCGUGGAACUAAGAGACCUGGAAAUUGUGGGCACAAUGGGCGUUGGCGGGUUCGGACGCGUGGAAUUGGUACAGUACAAACCGAACCCAUCGCUUACGUUCGCUCUCAAGUGCCUUAAAAAAAUCGAGAUGGUGCAGCAACAACAACAGGAACACGUCUUCAACGAAAAGCACAUCAUGGUAGCGUGCAACAGCCCCUUCAUAUGCAGAUUAUACCGGACAUUUAAGGACGAUAAAUAUAUUUAUUUCUUGAUGGAGGCUGUCAUGGGCGGAGACGUGUGGACAAUUCUACAGAAACGACAUUUCUUUUCUGAAAAUGUAGCACGGUUUAUGGCGGCGUGUGUCGUUGAAGCCUUCCAAUAUCUCCACGCAAGGAACAUUGUCUACAGAGAUCUUAAACCUGAAAAUUUAAUGCUCGAUAAAAAUGGAUAUAUUAAAUUGGUUGACUUCGGAUUUGCUAAAGAGUUGAAAGACAACAGCAAAACAUGGACAUUUGCGGGUACACCAGAGUACGUAGCACCAGAGAUUGUACUCAAUAAGGGUCAUGAUCGCGCCGUGGACUGCUGGGCUUUGGGUGUGUUCAUCCAUGAGUUGCUGGUAGGGAGGCCUCCGUUUCGCGCGGCGGGCGGUGACCAUAUGAAGACCUACACCAUGAUCCUGCGAGGCAUCGACUCCGUAGCCUUCCAUUCGCGAGUGCCCAAGUCUGCGCAGUGGCUUAUACGCAAGCUAUGUCGCGCCGUGCCGGCUGAACGACUUGGAUAUCUCAAGAAUGGCAUAUCUGACAUUAAAAGCCAAAAAUGGUUCCUGGGUUUCGACUGGACAGCACUCCGCGAGAAGCGCCUCAAAGCGCCACUGAUUCAACCCGUUGCAAACAACCUCGACCUGUCCAACUUCGAAAAGUACCCGAAAGACAAGUUACCCCCAGACGAAACCUCAGGAUGGGAUGAUAAUUUCUAGACUCCAAAUGAUAUUGUAAAUAUAUACGUAUGUGUAUAACCAUUUUAAUUAUUUACCGACCUAAGCAUGUAGUUUUAUCUAUCAAAGAUAAGUAAUAAACAAUAGUUACCAUCUGACCAACCUAAUCAUGAUAGAACGAUACAACAAUCUUGCUAACUAAUAUGUAAAUAUCACUUAUACACUAAUAUUUCUAAGCUUGUCGUGUUAUUACGUGUCUCAAUCUUCUUUCGACCUAUUUUGACCAUUAUUUUUACAGAAAUUAAUUCAGUAUAAUUUCAAAUUUCUUUUUACCUACAAAUAGUGUUGGGUCAUAGAAACAUUUCGAUUUUG